CGUUUUUAAAGUUUUUAUUGAAUUAAAUCCCAGUCGUCAUUAUCAUGUUCACUCCCUAAAUGUACAUUUGAAUCCAAGGUGUGGCUUUUCUUGUUUGCGUAUUUGCCACAGCACUAUAUGGGAGGGUUAUGAGAGACAGAAUAUAAAGAGACUCAUUCUAUUUUAUUGCAUUAAAGGACCAGAAAUCUUCAGUGAAGUACUUUAAACAAGAACUACAGACAAACCGAGGAUUUGCACAAUGGAAGCUCAAGAGCAGCAGAACUCAUGUGCUGAACUCAGGAUAGUCCUCUUGGGGAAAAUAGGAGUUGGAAAAAGUGCCACUGGAAACACCAUUCUUGGUCAAGAACGUUUCACUGUUAAUUUAUCAGCAUCUUCUGAGACAAAGGUUUGCUGGAAAGAUACAAAAAAGAUCAAGAACAGGCGAGUUUCUGUUAUCGACACUCCAGGAUUGUUUGACCCCAGUUUUACUAUCGAGGAGAUGGUGAGCAGAAUCAAGCUGUGUAUUCCUCUUUCUUCCCCCGGUCCACAUGUCUUUUUGUUGGUCCUUCAGCCUGGAAGAUUCACAAAAGAAGACCUUGACACAGUGGGGAUCUUUCUUCAGAUAUUUGGAGAAGAUGCAAGUAAACACACCAUGAUUCUGUUCACACAUGGAGACAAGUUUGCAGGGAGAAAUGUGCAAGAGUUUAUCAGCAGCAAUUCAGAUAUGGAGAAAGUCUUUGAGAAAUGCCAAAAGCGAUACCAUGUGUUUAACAAUGAUGAUGAGGACACUGUGCAGGUCAAUCAGCUUUUUGAAAAAAUAAACCAGAUGAUUUCUGAGAAUGGAGGUGGAUGUUAUACUAAUGAAAUGCUGGAGAAGGCAGAGAGCGCGAUUCAAGAGGAGACACAGCGAAUCUUGAAAGAAACCGAAGACCAAAGAUGCAAAGAAGUAGAGGCACUGAAAACCAAGUAUGAAGCAGAGGAUCUGACAAAAGCUGUAAUGAAUUUGUUGGAAAGAUUCGAGAGGGAGGCAAGAGAGAGAGCUGAGAGAAAUAACCACUACUUCUACAUAAUUAUAGAGUUUUUGUUCAUUACUCUUAAAAUGUAUGUAAAGAAAAAAUACGCUAAAUGAAUGACUUCAAAUAUAAAAUAGAGUCUCUUUCCAACUCAAUAUACAAUGUGUUUAUAUUUGAGUGGAGGUUAGCAAAGUAUCAAAAGUGAUAUGUGAUUUUGAAUGAAAAACUACUACUUUGUGAUUUAAUUUUUUUCUAGAAAACAGUGCAAAGACAAUGAACAUAUCUUGAAAUUUACAGUAGUCUUGAACAAAAUUGAACACAGUGAGGUUAUCAGACCAUUUAUCUACAAUGUGCAGUGCAAAUACUGUUUAAAACAAUGUCUUUUUU